GUCGAAACGCUUCACGAGCCAGAGAGGGCGUCGAGAUGGAUCAAGCCGAACAAAGUCCUGCCCCGCCACCGAAGGUUGCUCCCGGUGGCUUCAAGCUCAAAUUCAAGCUAGGCGCACGACCUAGCGAGCCGUCAGCAGCCACGCCCGAACUUGAUCGUGCCUCAUCAGCGCAGACAUUGCCUUCACGCGGCUCUCAGAGCUCAUCUGCCCAGCAAGGUUCUCGUGCGACAUCACGCUCGCGCUCGGAAUCGCCGCUCAGUCCGGUCGACGCUCAACGCAAUAGAGAUAACGAGGAGGAAGAGGAAGAAGAUUCACAAGCGAGCUAUUCGUCAGACGAACGCGACGGUUCACGAUCAAGUUCGCCAGAGCGACAGCCCUUGCAAAGGACACAUACAGGCGGCAACUCGACGGAAGAGGAUGACCAUCUGAGAAGUGACAACCGCGCUACCUCGAGCGAUUUGCCUCUGCACCCACCUGCGCCAAUGAACGCGCCCCGUGCUUCUACCUCUCAGCUCUCUCGUCAAGACCCUCAGUCACUGAUCUCGCCGUACCUAAUGGGCACGCCCGAGCUGCCUCAUCCAAGCAGCAGCAAGCGCAAAGCAGACGCCAAUGACGGUGGAGAACUUGACGGUAGCGAUCCGACCCAAGUUGACAAGAAAGCCGUCAAGCGCAAGGCAGACAGCGGACCGGGUAAAAAUUGGCGCAAAGGCAUCAAAGGAACGAUAGAAAGAGGUACAGCUCCAACGACAGCAGUCAAAGUACCUACGUACACGCGCAUACGCAGCCCACCGGCUAUAGAUCUGGACAACCGUGAGAUCCCCUUGCCGCCAGAGACGAAAUCGCGGCCGUUCCCGACACAGCCACUGCCAAAAUACAGCAAUGCUUUCAUACAGGCGCCUCGCCUCGAUCUCAAUCCUGCAAAGACUCGACGAUGGAGCGCUCAGACCCGCGAGUUCACCAAUGUCAGUGGCUACAAAGUCGUCAUCACCUCUUGGUUUGGCAGCGAACAUUCAGAAUAUCAAGCCAAGCGAGUCGUCUAUACUGAGGAUGUAGCGGAAGAAGCGGAUGACUCCGAGCUGGGCGACACGACCACGAGAAGCUCGCCAGCUCCCUCAAUGAGUAGUAAAGUCGAUCCUGAAAAGAAGAAACCGCCACGCAAGCGCGCGCCUGCUCCCCUCAAGCCAGGCGCAAAGCCGAGAGCGCCGAGAGGCACGGGUCCCAAAGCGAUCGCUAAAGCGAAGAAAGCUGCCGCUGCCGCCGCCGCUGCUGCUGCUGCUACGCCGGAAGCCAUGUCAGGAGAGCUCCCACCUUCGGACGCUGCCUAAUGCAUUCAUUUUGGCAAAGAUGGCUCGAGACGCUUAGUUCUGCCCUUAGCCCUUUGCAGUGAUGAGCAGCGUUCAUCUACGUUAUUGACCUGGCUUGACGCCUCGCUUGACCCGAGAGCGAUGCACUCGACAACAGUCCCGCGUAUUCUAAGGAAGAUCUCAGGCGAUUGGAAUAAGC